GAGGUUGCUGACAUCCAUUAUUCAAUCAAGGACUCUAGGCCUGUGUGACUACAGUUCACCACUGAGAUUGAGAUUGAGAAUUUGAGAUCGAGAUUGAGAGACUCGAUCAUGGCUUUGGAAGCGAUAGCAUUGAAGAUUGGAUCCUCUCUCCUUCUAUCCGCUGCCGGAGGAGCAGUGGGUAAUGUGGCUUCACUCGCUACUGAUCAAUUGAGCCUCAAAAUCGUCUUCUGUUUCAGCAAAGCAGUAGAUGAGCUCAAACAAUCCUCAACUAAGAUUGGAAAUUUGAUACAUGAUGCUGCGCUAGAACCCCAAGAUCGGGAACUGCGGGCUAUGGCUGACUGGAUGAAGAGGCUGAUGACCGUAGCUUAUGCUGCAGAAGAUGUCGUGGAUGAAGUUCAAUAUGAAUUUGUUCGGAUCCAUAUAGAGGGGGCAAUCCUCGAUAAGUGGAUACGCAGAAUCUUCGUUCGUCUUCAGAUGGCAGGCAAGAUUGACAACAUCCAUAGAUCCUUGGACAAACUCUGCAACGAAGCAGCCGCUGUGGGACUGACAAGGAGAUCAAAGGGAGGUGAAGCAUCCAGUCAAAGUCUGCAGGACAGGGAAACAACCUCAUUGCUUGAGAAACAUGAAUUCACUCGCAAUGAUGCAAUCAUUGUUGGAAGGGAUGAGGUUGUGUCAAAUACAACUGCAACCUUGACCAACCCCAACAAUCAAGAAAAGAUGCUUUUGGUGAUGGCCGUUGUAGGAUUAGCAGGCUUGGGUAAAACAACGUUGGCUCGCUCGCUUACCAAGCAAGUGAAGCAACUGAAAGAAGGUGAAAUGAAAGAGUAUUUUGAUGUAACUCUCUGGGUGUAUGUAUCUAAAACUUUUGAUGUCAACUCAAUUUUACGUGGAAUGCUGGAAUUAUGUGGGGCGACAACAGCAAAGCCUGAAUCUCGGGAAGCAUUGGUUAAAAGCCUCGGCCAGAAGUUGAAAGGGAAAAGGUAUUUUCUUGUACUUGAUGAUGUUUGGAAUGAGGUUCCUCGACUUUGGAAGAUUUUGGAGGAGAAUCUGCAGAAUCUAGAAUCUGCCAAAGGCAGCACCGUGAUUGUCACUACCCGUAGUGGCAAGGUUGCAGAAAUCAUGGGAACACUUCCUAAUUGCUAUCUAGGGACUCUUUCGCAUGAUCAGUGUUGGUCCAUAAUACAGGAUAGAGCAUUUAAUAUUCCUAAUCCUUCGAUAGAUUCAGACCAAGAGCGAAUCGGAAAAGAGAUUGCCAGAAAGUGUGUUGGUCUUCCAUUGGCGGCAAAGAUUUUGGGAAGCUUGAUGCAUUCCAAGAAUAGUAGCGACGAAUGGAGGUCAAUUCUGCAAAGUCCUACAUGGCAGUUAUUACAAAACCACAAGCAUAGCGGAAUCAUGUCGGUUCUGAUGUUGAGUUUUGACAAUUUAAAGUCACCUUUGAAACCAUGUUUUGCAUAUUGCUCAAUGCUCGAUAGAGGUUCCUUAAUAAAAAGAGAUGAGUUGAUCCAACUAUGGAUGGCUCAAGGUUUUCUCAAUCCUUCUCCUCACCAAAGAAUGCAAAAGAGGGAGAUGGAGGAUAUAGGCAAUGAGUAUUUUGAUACUUUACUGGAAAAGUCCUUGUUUCAAGAUGCUACAAAGGAUGAGGAUGACGUCAUCACCGAAUGCAAGAUGCAUGAUCUUGUGCAUGAAUUUGCAGUAGAAUUAUCCAGGUGUGAGAGCUGGACACAAGACUUCAGUCCUGAGAUGGAUGAUAGUGAGAUUCGACAUGAUGCACGGAUUCCUACUCUAGAAGAAAGUAUGCCAAACUUCAAUCAUGAGAUGGGUGAUAGUGAGAUUCGACAUGUUGCACGGAUUUCUACUCCAAAACUAGAAAGUAUGUCAGAAACAAGUAUUGCAAGACUGCGUUCACUCUUUUCAAUCCAGGUCUCUAAUAUUAUUUUUCCAAAGUUAAGAGCUUUACGUGUCUUAAGUUUCUAUGAGGCUGAGACUCAAGAGUUGCCAAAUUCACUUGACAAGCUGAAGCACUUGAGGUAUCUAGAUCUUUCCCAUACAGCAAUCGGAACACUCCCAGAGUUUAUUGGCAAGCUCUACAACCUCCAAACAUUGAGAUUACCAUAUCUCGAUAAGUGUUCAAAGGAGAUUCAAAAUUUGAUCAACUUGAGGCAUCUUUAUGUUCAUAAGAGAAUGAAAUUUGAGGCUGGGAUUUUAAGGCCAUUAACUAAUCUCCGAACAUUACGUUACUUCAAUGUGUGUAAGGAGAUAGGUCCUGCAAUUGAGGAGUUGGGUGGGUUGAACCAAUUGAGAGGCCACUUAAUUAUUGAUGGGCUAGAACAUGUAUGGGAUGGAGAAGAAGCAAAGAAUGCUCGCUUAGUGCAGAAGAGUCACUUACAUGAGCUGACAUUUAAAUGGACACACGGCGGGGUAGCUAAUGAAAAUCAAACUGAUGUACUAGAUGGCUUGGAACCUCAUGGUGAGCUGCAAAGGUUAAACAUUGUAAAUUUCACACACGGCGGGGUAGCUAAUGAAAAUCAAGCUGAUGUACUAGAUGGCUUGGAACCUCAUGGUGAGCUGCAAAGGUUAAACAUUGAAUAUUUCAUGGGUGAUAGAUUUCCGUCAUGGAUAGAGAGUCUCCAAAACUUGAAGGAGAUUCGAUUAGUUGGCUGCAACAAUUGUGAAGGAGUGCCGACACUCGGCCAUCUACCUAAUCUAAGAUCUCUUGAGAUUAAUUGGAUGGAAAAGCUGAAACGUGUGGGAGAGUUUAAUGGUACUCACACACCUUUAUUUCCAGCACUGAAAACAUUAUACAUCUUUGGGUGCAAAGAGCUCAUUGAAUGGAUGGUGUAAAACCAUAGUUACAUGCUCACAACAUAUGCACAACAGUCAUAAUAGGAUUAAGGCUUACCUUCAGCAAUCACUGUCAUGGAUUCCAUCUUAUGCAGCUGCUAAACACGAUCACUGAAUAUGGUCUUCUGUUACUUACCAACUUGCUUCUCAAUGGACAGAACAAUAUGCAAUAGUCGUGGUAGUAAUCAGGGACCAAUUCAUCUGUAUAUAUAUGAGACUUAAACCUCAAGAAGCUUCCCAUUAAAGCAUUCCUUGUCGGUUUAGGUUUCACUAUUAGAUUCCUAAUGUAUCACAACUUAUAGCCUUUCUUGUCGACUAAGC